AGGAAGAAUAAGUCGAGUUACCCUCCCACCAGUGGAGGCUGGAGGUGCCACCAUCCCGGAUUUGCUAUUAUUUCACGGAUAUUUGGGCAGGGAGAAGACCGUUUCUGCUCGAUAUCCUUUCACCACUCUUCACAGGCGACAUCACCUGGAAAAUCUCCGCUGCCAGGUGGCUCUCACAUGAUUCAACGGCCAUUUUACCUGAGUGGCUGAAGCCUCAAGGAAUAAACAAUGGAUCAAAACUUAUUUGGAGGAGCCCCCAGGUUUCUCACCCGCCCAAAGGCGUUCUCAGUAUGUGUGGGCAAGGAUGCCACACUCAGCUGCACUGUCGUGGGCAACCCCACCCCGCUGAUCACCUGGGAAAAAGACAAGCUCAAGAUCACGUCUGGCAGCCGCUUCAAGACUGUGGAGGAUGAAGAUGUGUACCGUCUGACCAUCUACGAUCUAACCCUGGAGGACGGUGGGCAUUACAUGUGCAAAGCCAAAAACAGUGUUGGCGAAGCUUAUGCUGCUGUGACCCUCAAAGUGGCCCUGCCAGGAGAAAUGUCUCAGAGGGCUCCUGUUUUCAUGGUGAAACCCGCAUCCACGCGCGUGGGUUUGGGAGGUGAUGUUGUUUUCCACUGCCGGGUCGCGGCUCACCCUGAGGCCAACUUUGACUGGGAGAAGGAUGGACGCUAUCUAGGGGAGACGACCCGCAUUAAAAUUAUUUCUGACAACGACAGCAGCACCUUAAAAAUCCAAGGCGUACGCAACCUGGACAGUGGCACCUUCACCUGCAGAGCCCAGAACUCCGUAGGCCGAGCCAACGCUGCAGCGGUUCUUACUGUAGACGCUCAGGAUUCUCACCACGCCGCCGCAGACAAGGGCUCUUCUCUACUCUCCCACCUGCAAAAGCGCAAAGAAGAGAUGAAUAAAGACAUCUCUAUCUAUCGCACUGAAGAAAGUCACAGCUCAGUUUCUUCCUCCGUCAAGGCCAACAUGAAAGAUGCCUUGGGUUCUCUGAAUCUGGAGCAUGAGCUGAGGGCGCGUGCGUUGGCAAAGCUUCCCAAAGGUGUAUUCACCCGUACGUGCACCGUGACAGAAGGCAAACAUGCCAAACUCAGCUGCUUUGUGACCGGCCACCCCAAACCACACAUCAUCUGGAGGAAAGAUGGAGCCAACAUCAGCGAGGGCCGCAGGCAAGUGAUUUAUGAGGACCAAGCUGAGAACUUCAUCCUCAAGAUCCUGUACUGCAAGCAGAGCGAUAACGGUCUCUACACCUGCAAUGCAACCAAUAUGGCCGGGCAAACCUACAGUGCUGUGUUGGUUACAGUCAAAGAGCCUAAAGUGCCAUUCAGGAGGAAACUGCUGGAUGUGGAGGUACAGGAGAAAACCUCGGCCACUCUCUUGUGUGAGGUUCCUCUUAAUGCCACACAGGCCGAGUGGUUCAUGGAGGAAACGCGGCUGCAGCAAAAUUCCAAAUUUCACAUGGAGGAGCAAGGCACCCUGCGUCGUCUCACCAUCCAUAACGUCACUACCAACGAUGAUGGAGUUUAUAUCUGUGAGAUGAAAGAGGGCAGCCGCACCGUGGCUGAGCUCACUGUCCUGGGUAACAUCACCAAAAAGCUUCCUCGAAGGACAGUAGUCCCUGUCAGUGACACCGUCAUCUUUUGUGUGGAGCUGGAGCAUCCCUGUCCGGAUGUCUACUGGACUCGGAAUGGAGAGAAGCUGAAGGAGGAUUCCCGUAUUUCCACCGCCUGUGUGCUCAGACAGUACACACUCACGAUUAGAGAUUGCCAGGCAGAUGACUCAGGAGAAGUGGCCUUUGUGGCUGGAGACUGCAAGACCUCCACUCGAUUCACCGUCACCCCUGCACGGAAGCAUCCUCCUGACCCCCCAGUGGAUGCUGUGGUGCAGAAUAAGACAGACUCAUCCAUCACCAUUCACUGGUCUCCUCCUGACAGCGACCGUCCUGUUCCCAUCAAAGGCUAUAUUGUGGAGAGGAGGAGGGUUGGUGCUACUACAUGGCAGAGGUGCAAUGUUGAUGAGACCAUCCUUUCAACAGAGAUCACCAUCCGUAACUUCUCUGAGGAGUCGAGCUACCAAUUCCGCAUCUCUGCAAAGAAUGACUUUGGCCAGAGUCCCUACUUGGAGGUACCUGGAAGUUUCUACCUUGAGCCCUCUGCAGAAAUCAGACAAGGCCUGAUGAACAGUACCGCAGUCUCUGGCGAGGAGUUUUCCAUCUCGCUGGAGCUGUCCGCUGUCUGCUCGGGCUUCUGGUCCCUGAAUGGGCGUCUGCUGCGGAGCGGAGCUGAGUAUCUCAUCACCAGGUCCAAGAACACGCACACUCUGCUCUUCCGUGAUGUGGACAUGGACAUGAAUGGCGCUGAAGUCAAAUUUGUGGGCGGAGGCUCACAGAGCAGCUGCAUCAUAUCUGUGAAAGCUCCUUUAGUCAGAUUCACCAGCAAGUCAGAUCGUCCAGAGAUCGUGACAUGCAGUGUCCAAGAAACCGCUCAGCUGACUGCCGAGUUGUCAAAUUACAAAGCAGAGGUGGUUUGGAUGAGGAACGGACGGGAGGUAAAAGUGGGCAAGAAGUACGAAUAUGUCAAAAAAGAUCGCAAGAGGAUCCUGAUGGUACACAAUGUUACAGAAGAAGAUGUGGGCAUUUAUGAAUGUGUUUUAGCUGAUGACAAGUUGCCCAUUCAACUCUCUCUUAAAGAUGAACCUGCCAAAUUUCUAAACAAAGCUAGAGGUACCAUGGGAUUGUCAUCGACCCUUAAAGGAGACCUUGAGCUCAGUUGUGAAGUAUCUCCUGCUAGUGCUGCUGUUGUAUGGAGAAAAGAUCAAGUAGAGAUCACUGAGGACCAAAGAACUACCAUCAUCUCCAAGGGGACUCAAAGGAAGCUCGUCAUGAAGAGCGCCAAGAAAAGUGAUGAAGGACAUUAUUCCUGUGAGACAGCAGCUGACAAAAUCACAUUCCACGUCAAGAUAAAAGAAAGUCAAGCCGCAGCUGUCUUCUCCAACAAGGAGUCAGUCCAGAGGGAGGUCAAAGCCACUCUGUCCCAGAAAGCCACUCUUAGUUGUAAUGUGUCUGACAGCAAGCAGGAGGUGAAAUGGUAUAAAGACGGCAAGUUGCUGACAUCCAGUAAGACAGUAUACUCAGAGGUGAAAGGCUCCAUCCGGCAGCUGGUGAUUGAAAAAGUGGAGAAAAGUGAUGCAGGAGAGUACGCCUGUGAAGCUGGAGGGGAGAAGCUAGUCUUUAAGAUACUCGUGUCAGAUGUUCAAUCAGCUUUCUCUAACAAGGAGUCUGUUCAGAGGGAGGUGAAAGCUUCUCUCUCACAGAAAACCACACUGAGCUGUGAGGUGGCUGAUGCCAAGACUGAGGUGAAAUGGUACAAAGAUGGCAAACUGCUGACAUCCGGCAAGACCAUCCACACUGAAUCAAAAGGCAAGAGUCGCCAGCUGGUGAUCGACAGCGUCGAGAGGAAAGAUGUUGGAGAGUACUUCUGUGAGGCUGGGUCUGAGAAGAUGGCUUUUAAGAUCCAUGGAGCAGAGGCCCAGUCAAUCUUUUUCAACAAGGAGUCGGUCCAGAAGGAGGUGAAAGCCACCGUGUCCCAGAAGGCAACUCUUAGCUGUGAGGUUGUUGAUUCGAACACAGAGGUGAAAUGGUACAAAGAUGGAAAGCUUCUCACUUCCAGCAAGACGGUACAUACAGAGUCAAAGGGCAAGAGUCGCCAUCUGGUGAUAGAGAGUCUGGACAAGAAGGAUGCUGGAGAGUACUUUUGUGAGGUUGGGACGGAAAAGCUCAACUUCAAACUUCAGGUGGCAGACACACAAGUCCAGUCAGCCUUCUUCAAAAAGGAGUCUGUCCAAAAGGAGGUGAAAGCUUCUGUCUCACAGAAAGCCACUCUAAGCUGCGAAGUUGCUGACGUCAAGACGGAGGUGAAAUGGUACAAAGAUGGCAAGCAGCUAACAGCCAGCAAGACAGUCCACACAGAAUCGAAAGGCAAGAGUCGCCAGCUGGUGAUUGACAACAUAGAGAGGAAAGAUACCGGAGAAUAUGUUUGUGAGGCCGGCGCUGAGAAACUGGCGUUCAAAUUACAUGUUGAAGAAACCAAGUCUGCCUUUUUCAACAAAGAGUCCGUCCAAAAGGAGGUGAAAUCCACUCUCUCUCAGAAAGCCACCCUAAGCUGCGAGGUCGCUGAUGCCAAGACUGAGGUGAAAUGGUACAAGGACGGCAAGCUGCUGACUUCCAGCAAGACAAUACACUCAGAGUCAAAGGGCAAAAGCCGGCAGCUGGUGUUUGAGAGCGUGGAGAAGAAAGAUGCUGGAGAAUACAUGUGUGAGGUUGGCACUGAGAAGCUGACUUAUAAGAUACAGGUGGCAGAACCGCCAGCUGGUUUCUGCAAUAAGGAAUCAGUUCAGAAGGAGGUGAAAGCCUCCCUCUCCCAGAAAGCUACUUUGAGUUGUGAGGUUUCAGAUUCCAAAACUGAGGUGAAGUGGUACAAGGACGGGAAGCUGCUGACUUCCAGCAAGACAAUACACUCAGAGUCAAAGGGCAAAAGCAGACAGCUGGUGUUUGAGAGCGUGGAGAAGAAAGAUGCUGGAGAAUACAUGUGUGAGGUCGGCACUGAGAAGCUAACUUAUAAGAUACAGGUGGCAGAACCCCCGGCUAGUUUCUGCAAUAAGGAGUCGGUCCAGAAGGAGGUGAAAGCCUCCCUCUCCCAGAAAGCUACUUUGAGUUGUGAGGUUUCAGAUUCCAAGACAGAGGUAAAGUGGUACAAGGACGGCAAGCUGCUGACUUCCAGCAAGACAAUACACUCAGAGUCAAAGGGCAAAAGCAGACAGCUGGUGUUUGAGAGCGUGGAGAAGAAAGAUGCUGGAGAAUACUUCUGUGAGGUUGGCACUGAGAAGCUAACUUAUAAGAUACAGGUGGCAGAACCCCCAGCUGGUUUCUGCAAUAAGGAAUCGGUCCAGAAGGACGUGAAAGCCUCCCUCUCUCAGAAAGCUACUUUGAGUUGUGAGGUUUCAGAUUCCAAGACGGAGAUAAAGUGGUACAAGGACGGCAAGCUGCUGACUUCCAGCAAGGAAGUCCACGUCGAGUCGAAGGGAAAGAGCCGUCAGCUUGUGAUCGAAAAAGUGGAGAAGAAGGAUGUGGGAGAAUAUACUUGUGAAGCUGGAACAGAGAAACUGGUGUUUAAGCUGAAACUUACAGAUGUAGCCGUCAAGUUCCAGAAGAAGCCUGUCAAGGACGCAUUUACUGUUGAAGCAGGAGAAAGCAUUGUUUUAGCGACUGAGCUGACCUCGGAAAGUGGUACCGUGAAGUGGUUUAGAGAUGGUGUGGAGCUCAAGGAGAGCAGCAAGUACGAAAUAAAAAAAGAUGGCCUUUCUCGAAGUCUGAAAGUGAAAUCUGCAGAGACCAAAGACAGUGGAGCAUACUCCUGUCAAACCACUGAUGACAAAGUGGAGUUCAAAGUACAGGUCAAAGAUUUAGCUUUGAAGUUUGUUACACCUCUGAAACCUGCUACAGUGGUGAUUGGAGAUAAACUUAGCCUCAUCUGUGAACUAAAUCAUGCCUCUGGGGAUGUUGUCUGGCACCAUAAUGGUCGUGAGAUUAAACCUGGCGCCAGGCACUCUGUCACAACAGAGGGUGCGAAGCGGGCUCUCACUGUGACCGGUAUGACGAAGGAAGAUGAAGGAGAAUACAGCUGUGAAUGCAGGGGUGACAAGACCUCUGCUAAAGUAACCUCCUCAGCACCAAGAUCGGUGAGGCUGAGUACCAAACUGAACAAUGUAGCUGCGGUGGAGGGAAAAGAUGCCAUUUUCAAGUGUGUCGUCACACCAGUGGAUGCCAACGUCAAAUGGUUCCACAAAAAUAUCCCCGUCACCAUUGGACCGAAGUACAAGACCGAGCAUGGCAACGGGACUCACUCACUUACGAUCAGCUCUGUUACCCAGCAAGAUGCUGGGGAGAUCAGUGUUGAUGCAGAAGGGAAAACCUGCACAGCUGUCCUGCAAGUGCAACAUGAACCUGUGACCUUUAAGAAAAAGCUGGAAAACCUGACAGUGGAGGAGCAAAGUGAAGUAAAACUGGAAGUCGAGCUCAGUAAAGCUUCAGAUGAUGUCAAGUGGAUGAGGAACAGUGUUGUGUUGCAGCCUGAAGGAAACAUUCAGGUUCACGUUGAUGGAGCCAAGCAGGUUCUGGUCUUCAAAAGAAUAACUUACGCUGAUCGUGGGAUCUACUCUUGUGAAACUCUGGAUGACAAGACCCAGGCCAAACUUACUGUGGAGAAGAAGAAGAUUCAGGUGGUAAAAGGUCUGACAGAAACUAAAGCACAUGAAACAGAGACAGUGACACUGGAGGUGGAACUCAGCCAGGCUGAUGCUGAAGGCUCGUGGACCAGAGAUGGGGCCAAAUUAAAAUCGGGGGGGAACUGCCAGAUAACAGCCAAGGGAAUGAAGCACGCCCUGACGCUGUCGAACCUUAAGAGGGAAGAUGCUGGAACUAUUUGCUUCCAAGCAGAGGAAGUUCGUACAUCAUGCAAACUGACUGUUGCAGAACCCCCUGCUAUGAUCUCCAAACCCAUUACAAGCGUCAGUGUUGAUGAGAAGGAGAAGGCUACGUUUGAAUGUGAAGUCUCCAGAACCGAUGCAGACGUUAAAUGGUUCAAGGGUGAUGUUGAACUGAAAGCAGGGAAGAACAUAAGCAUUCACUCCUUGGGUCGAAAACGCACGUUCGCCAUCAACAAAUGCAUCCCUGAAGAUGAGGGCACUUACAUUUGUCGUACUACUGAUGACAACACCUCUGCCAAGCUCACUGUUCAUGCCAGAGAUAUCAAGAUUGUUAAGAAGCUACAGGAUGUGGAGGUGAUGGAGAAGGAGAGCGCUACAUUUAAGUGCGAAAUCUCGCACGAUGAUGUGGAGUGCAACUGGUACAAAGGAAGCACCAAACUUAAAGCCAGUGACAACAUCAAGAUGAGACAAGAAGGCAGAAACUACGUACUGCUUUUCAAGUGUGUUACACCUGACGAUAUGGGUGAGAUUAAAUUCACAGCCGAGAAAGCAUCAUCAGCUGCCAAACUUAAAGUAAAAGAACUGCCUGUCAAGUUUGUGAAGAAACUCAGAGAUAAGAUAGCGAUGUAUAAGCAUCGCGCUCAUCUUGAAUGCCAAGUGUCGCGCGCCAGUGCAAAGGUGAAGUGGUUCAAAAACAAGACGGAGAUCCAACCAAGCAAAAAGUAUGAGGUUAAAAGCGAAGAUGUGUAUAGAAAGCUCACCAUCAACGACGUGGACUCCGGUGACGAGGAUACAUACACCUGUGAUGCCGCUGAUGACAAGACGUCCUGUAAACUACUUGUGGAAGAGCAGUCCAUUAGCAUAGUGCGGGAUCUAAGAUCAGUAGAGGUUACAGAGCCCUUUGCAGCUGUUUUCGAAGUGGAAAUCAGUAUGGAGCUGGUGAAACCCCCUCUGUGGACUUUGGACGGAGUUGCUGUGCAGGAGGGUGCUGAUGUUGAGAUGGAGAAAGAAGGCACGAUGCACCGCCUCACUUUCAAAAAGACCAAAGCAUCGAUGACAGGACCUGUGCAGUUUACGGCUGGGAAGAGCAAAUCUGCAGCUCAGCUCACAGUUAAAGAGCGCCCUCUUGAGAUUGCAGAGCCUAUGAAAGACUUGAAAGCUAAGGAAAAAAGCUCCGCUCUUUUCACCUGCAAAUUCUCAGCUGCCCCCAAAGAGGUUAACUGGUUCAAAGGUCAGGUACCUCUGACCCCGUCAGACAAGUACAAUAUGAAGCUAGAUGCUACAAGGGCCCAACUUACCAUUCUACGGUUGGCCGAGGAAGACAACGGAGAAUAUUACUGCAAGUCAGGACCUGCUGAGACCAAAGGCACACUUGCUGUUGAAGAGCGUGAGAUUAAGCUCACCAAGCACCUGGCUGACGUGGAGGUUGUUGAAGACAGCGAUGCAGUGUUCACGUGUGAGAUAAACUACGCAGAUGAAGAGGCGCAGUGGUUUUUGAAUGACAAGGUUCUUUUUACUAAUGAAGUGAACACCAUCACACAUGAUGGAAAGGUCCACAAGAUCACGCUGAAGAACUUGGCCCCUCAGGAUGGGGGGACCAUCACCUUUCAAGUGCGAAAGGUGAAAGAGUCUGUCACACUCACGGUUAAAGAGAAGCGUGCCGUGUUCCUAAAGACAUUAGAUGAUGUCACUGGAGAAGAGAAGGGUAUGAUAACUCUGGCAUGUGAGGCAUCCAAGCCACGGGUUUCCCCAAUAUGGAGGAAGGAAGGUAAAGUUUUGAAAGCCGGACCAAAAUAUGAGCUCCUUCACACAGCCAAGUCUUUGGGACUGAUCAUCAAGGAUAUCACUAAAGAGGAUGCUGGAGAGUACAGCUGUGAUCUUGGGACAGAAGUCUGUAAAUCAAAGGUCACUGUAAGAGAAAUCGGUGUCGGAAUCACUAAAUGGCUGAAAUCGGCUGAGGUGAAUGAGGGAGACGCAUGCAGUUUCGAGUGCAUUCUUUCUCGAGAAAGCACAGAUGAGUGCUCGUGGACUGUUAACGGGCAAACUGUUACAAACGGUGGGCGCUUUAAAAUCUCCAGUCAAGGACGCAAGUACAUGCUCGCGAUUAAGGACGUCACUCCUGCUGAUUCUGGGGAGGUGGUCUUCCAACUUAAGGACCUGAGCUCCAAAACAACAUUAACAGUUGAGGGAAAAGCUUCAUCGGUAUCACAAGGACUUCAGCACAUCUCUGCUGUUCAAGGCGAAGAUGCAGUUUUUACCUGUGAGGUGACACAGGCUAGUUCUACGGUCAAGUGGGCUAAGGAUGGGACAGUGAUCAAAACAAACCAGAAGUAUGAGAUCAGCCAACAGGUGAAGGUCAUGACGCUCACUAUCCACAGUGUCUCUGCUAAAGACUCUGGAGAGUACAGUUGUGAAGUUAUUGGAGGUGCAACGACUAAAGCUAAAUUGGAAAUAAAAGAAGCAAUCCAUAAAUUCACUAAAUCCCUGGAGGACAGCCAAGCGGACGAGAAGGGCUCCGUGACCUUGAAGUGUGAGACGGCACAAACCCCAUCCAACGUGACGUGGCUCAAAGGCCACGUGGACCUCAAAGCUGGAGGUCGAUAUGUCAUGUCCCAGGACGAGGGGGUUUUAACUCUCACCAUCCAAAAUCUGGAGGAAGAAGACAGCGAUAUCUACACGUGUGACGUUGGAACAGCCAAGAGCAUGGCGAAGGUCACUGUUAAAGUUGGGAAGGUAUCGGGUCCUCCUGCAGCAUCAAAAUCAGAAUCCAAGAGGCAGGAGACCCAAGAAAAAAUAGAAGUCAAGAUGGGUGAUUCUCUUUCCAAAGCUGCUAAAGAUGUGGAGAAGAGGCAGGAGAUAAUUGAAACUGUGGAAGCUGUGACGCUGCCAACUACUGGAGAAGCACCGAAACAGCAGCUUCUCACACAAGAUAUUCAGAAAGAUUGGAGAGAGCUUGGAUUGGGAGGUGAAGUCAAGAUGGUGGAUUCUACUUCCAAAACUACUAAAGAUGUUGAUAAGAGGCAGGAGAUAAUUGAAACUGUCGAAGCUGUGACGCUGCCAACUACUGGAGAAGCACCGAAACAGCAGCUUCUCAAACAAGAGAUACAGAAAGAUUCGAGAGAGCUUGGAUUGGGAGGUGAAGUCAAGAUGGUGGAUUCUACUUCCAAAACUACUAAAGAUGUUGAUAAGAGGCAGGAGAUAAUUGAAACUGUCGAAGCUGUGACGCUGCCAACUACUGGAGAAGCACCGAAACAGCAGCUUCUCAAACAAGAGAUACAGAAAGAUUCGAGAGAGCUUGGAUAUGGAGGUGAAGUCAAGAUGGGUGAGUCUUCUUUCAAAGCAGCUACAGAAGUUCAGAAGCAGCAAGAGAUAACUGAACCUGUGGAAGCUGUGACGCUGCCAACUACUGGAGAAGCACCGAAACAGCAGCUUCUCAAACAAGAGAUACAGAAAGAUUCGAGAGAGCUUGGAUUGGGAGGUGAAGCUGAAAAGACAGUCACUGGAACAGCUGUCAAGGAAGAUAACCAGAGCCAAGGGACUAAAGAGCAAGAGCAAGCGGCACCAGUAUCAUUCAAGAAGGAACUGGAGAGUCAAGAGGCCACAGAGGGAGGUGAAGUCUCGCUGUCCUGCGAGACCUCCAGCCCUGAAUGUAAGGUGACCUGGCUGAAGGGCACAAAAGUACUCACGCAAGGGCAGAAAUACUCUUUCCAGCAGAGAGCUUCCACUCACAUCCUUGUUAUACACAAGCUGACAAUGGAGGAUGGCGAUAAAUAUACCUGCGACACAGGAGACAAGAAAAGCACCGCUGUCCUGGCUGUAAAAGAGCGCGUGCGCAUUGUUCGAGAGCUCUAUGAUGUAACUGUGACCACUGGCCAGGACGCUUGUUUUGAGAUUGAGCUGUCGCACUCUGGCGUUACCAAUGGGGAGUGGUGGCUCGCAGACAACCUCCUUCAAAAUAAUGAUCUGAAUCAAAUGAGCAGUCACGGCAGAGUGCACCGCUUGGUUCUGAAGAUGGUGACCACAGAUGAAUCCGGGGAUGUUGCCUUUGUAGUGGGAGAGGAGAAGACUGUGGCCUGUCUUCUGGUGGAAGAGAAACCCAAAGUGCUAAUAUUAGAGAAACCUCACAACACUGUGGCUUUAGAGGGUGAAACGGUCACUCUUGCCUGCUCCAUCUCUGACCCCAAUGGCACAGUCACCUGGAUCAGGAACAGUGAGGUGAUCCAAGCAGGUCUCAAGUAUGACCUGAGGAAGAAUGAAGCAACCCAUCAACUUCGGAUCCACAGUGUGGUGCCCGGGGACUCAGGAACGUACACCUGUGAAACUCGAGAUGCCCGGUGUGAUGUCACGUUGACUGUGGAAGGUGCACCUGCAUUUUUCCAGAAAGAGCUUGAAAACCAGGAUGCCACAGAAGGUGAUGAUAUCACCUUGCACUGUGAGCUGUCUAAACCAGGUGUUUGUGUUGAGUGGAGGAAAGGAGGCGUUGUCCUCCAACCCAGUAACAAGUAUGACAUAAAGCGGGAAGGGUGCGUUCAACAGCUUUGCAUUCGAAACCUCGAUCCUGAGGACAGUGGCUACUACACCUGUGAUGCAGGAACCCAGCUCACUACAGCUUCUUUAGCAGUGCAAGUGAAAGAAGUCUACGUUGUUUCGGGUCUUAAGAACAGUGACGUCUUUGUUGGGGAAUGGGCAACUUUCUCCUGCCACCUCUCUGGCAGGGCUCUUGGUAAGGUGCAGUGGUGGCUGGAUGGCAACUUGUUGGAGAGCAGCCCCUUUGUCGAGAUAGGACUGGGGCAGGGCUACCUCCACACACUCACCUUAAAGAACCUGGCCACAGACGACUCUGGCACUGUCACCUUCAAAGCAGGCGGUUUAUCCUCAGCAGCCAAGCUCUUAGUCAAAGAUCCAGCAGUGGAAGUGGUGAGCGAGAUGGAGGACCUUCAGGCGGUUGAAAACCAACCGGCUGAGUUCAUCUGUCAGUAUUCAAGGCCAGUCAAAGCUCAGUGGCGGAAAGAUGGGCAGCCUUUAAAGCCUGAUGGUCGAAGGGUGGUAGUGGAGCAGGACUGGACUGUGGCGCGGUUGUACAUUAGCCGUGUGUCCGCUGAGGACGUGGGCACAUACUCCUGUGAGGCAGAGGGGACCUGUGUGGUUGCUUCACUUCAUGUGGAAGCCAAACCCAUUCAGAUUGUUCAAGGCCUGGAGAAUGCAGAAACCUUUGAUGGAGGUGAAGUGCUUUUUGAGUGUGCCCUUUCUCGUCCUGAGAACAAAGAUUUCCAGUGGCUUCUUAAUGGGAAACCAUUGAAAGAAUCCCCUAAUGCUGAGUUCGUGUCGUUUGAGAGUGGUCUCCGCCAUCUGCUCCUCCUGAAAGAGUUACACGUUAAAGAUACUUGUACAGUGACCUUUAAGGCUGGUACAGCCUCCAGCUCUGCCCAGCUGACGGUCAAAGCCUGGAAACUGGAAAUCGUGAAAGAUUUGGAGGACAGGGUGGCUGCAGUGGGAGAGAAGGUGGAGUUUUGCGUGAAGCUGACUGAGCCGGUCCCUGCGGCAGAAGUGGCCUGGUACGCCAACGGAGCUGAACUCAAGCCCGGUGACCUCUGGGCUAUGAAGGCUGAUGGCAGUUCUUUCAGCCUCGUCCUGAGGCAGGCCCCUCUCUUGCCCCAGCAGGAAAUUACUUUUGCUGCAAGAGAUGCUCUCUCUUUGGCCAAGCUUACAAUCAUCACUGUACCUGAUCCCCCAGAAGACCCGGAGGUCCUCAGUAAGACUCCAGUAUCUGUCGCCCUGUCUUGGUUUACUCCUCUCCAUGAUGGAGGGAGUCCUAUUAUGGGCUACAGGGUGGAAAUGCGGCUGGUGGACAGUGCACUCUGGCUCCCGUGUCUUUCUGAGCCUGUGUGCAACACAGAGUAUGUGGUUGAAAAUCUGGUCUCAGGGAGCGGCUACAGAUUUAGAGUGGCAGCCAUAAACAGAGCAGGGAUUGGAGAGCCUGUUGAACUGCCUCUAACUGUGCAGCUUGAUGCAAAAGCAGCAGAAACAAUGGGACAACCGAGUCUACCUCCCGAAGCUGCCGUAGAAGGUGAUCUCCAUGAGCUGUGGGAAGCAUCGGCCAAGAAACGGCGCAUGAGUAGAGAACCCACCCUGGACUCCAUUUGUGAACAACCUGAGGUUGAUGGUAAGAAAGAGAAGAAAGAGCUCAUAUCAUCUGAGAAAGUGGAAACAAAAUCAGCUGAGAAGGAACAGGUCAUUAUGUUGAAAAAGGAGGCAGAAUCCAGCCAGUCCAUCAAGUCGGAGGAAGAGACUGUUUCUGGGGGCUCAUCGCUUGUGGCUUUCCUCAAAAAGAGUAGUAACACCUCCGUCACAGCAUCCUCUGAGGAAGAGACUCUAGCUACUGACAGGUUCUUUGCACAUUUCCAGAUGACAGAGCAGACAGUGCAGAAAACUGAAGUAAAAACAACUGUAGUUCAGCAAAAAGAAGAAACACAGGUGUCUUUGUCGAACACCAGCGCUAUGGAUGUCACCAAAGAAGAAGAGACAGAGCUUACAGGUGCCGUCAUUAAGAUUCAAGCCGCCUUCAAGGGUUACAAAGCUCGCAAGGAUAUGCGCCCUGUCUUCAAAGAUGUUUUCAAAGACCAAACCAAAGCACCUAAUGACACCAUACACCUUGAAUGUAUAACAGAAGGUAAACCUGACAAAGUGCGCUGGUUGAAAGAUGGGGAACCGGUGAUGGAUGGCAAGCACCAUCAUAUCGAUAUCUACAAUGAUGGCACCUGCUCUCUGGUCAUUACUGGGAUCACCACAAAGGACACUGGGGUUUACACAUGUGAGGUCACCAACAAGUUUGGAGUAGCUUCCCACAGUUCUAAGGUGACAGUGGGAACAGUGAGAGAAGUGAGAGAAUCGUCAGGCCGGCGGCCGCUCACAGUGGGCUACAGUGCAGACAGUGAACCGGAGAGCUCUGGCAGUGAGAUGGACGACUCUCUGAGACAGGCGAGCAGACGCCUCAGGCGGCUGCUGCACACACGCCUGCCGCCAGAUGUCCAGGAAGAACCGUUUGUUAGCGCAGAUGAAGGAGACCUUCGUUCUACAGAUCCUCAGUCUUACCGCGAGGAUGAAAACUACAUCUACAUUCGCUUUGAUUCACGAACCCAGGCUGAAGUGGCCUCUAAGAGAUUCCAGGAGAUGUUUACAAUCCACGGGGUCCCCGUGGAGACCAACAUCAUCGCAGCAGGGGCUCACAAAGUGGAGCUUCGUAUUAAAAAGUUGGGAUACAUCCAAGAUGGUACACAAACCCCCACACAAGAUCAACAGGGUCCUGCUUUCAUGGCUGGAGCUGCAGCUGCCCCAGUUUUCCUGACAGAGAUACAAAGUCAGGACGUUCCAGACGGGUAUCCCGUCAGCUUCGACUGCGUUGUGAUCGCCAAGCCACCGCCCACCAUUCGCUGGUACAAGGAUGGCAAACUGCUGGAGGAGAAUGACCACUACAUGAUCAAUGAGGACCAGGAGGGCUGCCACCAGCUCAUCAUCACCGCUGUGUUACCCACUGACAUGGGCGUCUAUCGCUGCACAGCUGAAAACAGCAGCGGGAUUGCUGCCACUAAAGCUGAACUCAGGGUUGACAUGUCUUGCAGCUCAGAUUAUGACACUGCUGUUGACGCCACUGAGACAUCCUCCUAUGUCAGUGCCAAAGGCUACGCUUCCAGCAGGGAUACCGAGACCUUUGAGUCGGUAACUGAAGAUGAUCAACUCCCUCAAGUUGUGGACGAGCUUCAUGAUGUUCACGUAUGUCCAGGUUCACCGAUUGCAAAGAUGCACCUCAGAUUAAAGGGUUUUCCCACACCCAGAGUAUACUGGUUCAAAGAUGGUCACCCACUGCGAGGAUCAGAAAGGAUUCUGUUAUUGACAGAACGAGAUGUUCAUGGGUUGGAGAUCCUGGAGGUGAAGAGAGAGGAUAUGGGGGAAUACUCUGCUUACAUCAGCAAUGCAGCCGGGUCUGCUUACUCCUCUGCUCGACUAAUAGUUUUAAAUCCAGGAGAGAUUAUGCCACAAGACAAAAAAGACUCCAAGGAACCCCUGGUCCCACCGCGCUUCCUUGAGAAGUUCUGCAACAGAAAAGUAAAACAGGGAACAAGCAUCACCCUGUCUGUCAAAGUUGAAGGCUCUCCUACUCCCAUGGUCUCCUGGCUGAAGGAGAAAUCAGCAGAGGAUGUCUUGUGGAUCAAGCCUGAAACUAAGGGCUACAAAAUAGCGAGCUCUGGGCGCCAGCACAGCCUCAUCUUGAUGGACGUUAGCUCAGUGUAUUCUGGCAUCUACACUUGUAUCGCCACAAAUAAAGCAGGGCAGUCCAUCUGCACCGCUCACCUCGAAGUGGACGACAUGCCACAACCGAAGAAAGAGACCAAACCUUCAGAGGUACUUGGCAUUACAGUUAGUCCUCCAGAAGAGGAGACUAGCAGAGGGAAAGAGGGCAAACUACCCUACCUAGGUGAAGUGGGCACAGAAGAAUUCCUCAUGAAACUCACUUCUCAGAUCACUGAAAUGGUCUCAGCAAAGAUCACGCAAGACAGUUUACAGAAUCAUGAAGUGCUCCAGUGGAUGAAAUCUUGGCCCAAAACUACCACUUCGUUACGAGUACCGGGCGCCGACAGUGAUGAUGAGACCAAAACUCCUUCUCCAUCACCUCAUCACGGCCGCUCUCGUCCCCCUUCUCUCAUGGCUGACUCCUCCUCAGAGUCUGAUGAGGGGGAUGCCAGGGGAGAGAUGUUCGACAUCUAUGUGGCAACGGCUGAUUACAACCCAACCAUCGUUAGCAAAGACUCCAUCGCUCUAAAGGAGGGACAGUAUGUUGAAGUGUUGGACUCAGCUCAUCCACUCAAGUGGUUAGUCCGUACCAAACCAACCAAAACAACACCGUCCCGCCAAGGCUGGGUCUCACCUGCCUACUUGGACAAAAAACUCAAACUCUCUGCUGAUACGGGCGACCUUCCAGAAACAAGUUCAGAGGAGGUGUCUGAGGGCGAAUACAAGAGAAAGUUAUUCCAACUGGUUCAUGAACUGAUAAAUGGAGAAUCAGAGUUUGUCAAAGAGGUGGAUUUCUUUACCUCCCACCACCUGAAGCACGCCGACAGCCCCGAGGUGCUGCCUGACGUCUCCAGCCAGAAGGAAACCAUUUUCAGGAACAUCGAUGACAUCAAAUCCUUCCAUACCAAGACAUUCCUCCCCAAGUUAAAUGACUGUGAGACGGAUGAUGAUGUAGCCAUGUGCUUCCUGAAGAACAAGGAGGGCUUUGAGAAAUAUCUCCAGUAUUUUGUGGGUCAAAGUCAGGCUGAAUCUGCAGUCAGUGACAAAACUGUCCACUGCUUCUUUAAGGAGUACACUGAGAAAGUGCAGGCCAAUGCAGACCCCUCAGAUCCCCCUGUACGAAGCAUCAAUGCCCAUCUCAAACAACCAGUGGAAAGGAUUCAGAAGUACAAGGCCGUCCUCAAGGAGCUCAUUCGUAACAAGGCAAGAAAUGGCCAGAACUGCUGCCUACUGGAAGAAGCAUACGCGAUGGUGUCGGGACUCCCUCAACGAUCUGAUAAUACCCACCACGUCUCAAUGAUUGAGAACUAUCCGGCUACGCUGGAAAAUCUGGGAGAACCAAUUAGACAGGGACCUUUCCAAGUAUGGGAAGGAGCUCCAGGAAUUAGAACGUCCUCUAGGGGUCACCACCGUCAUGUCUUCCUCUUUAAAAACUACUGUAUAAUCUGCAAACCCAAGCGAGACAGCAACACUGAUACACAGGCUUAUGUUUUCAAGAACAUGAUGAAGUUGAAUAACAUUGACGUGAAUGAAACAGUGGAGGGCGAUGACCGUGCCUUCGAGAUCUGGCAUGAACGAGAGGACUCUGUGAGAAAAUAUACUUUACAGGCUCGAACUGUUACCAUCAAAAACUCUUGGUUGAGAGACCUCCGUGAACUGCAGCAGCGCUACAGCAUGCCUGCAUGGAGCCCUCCUGACUUUGAAGAAAUCUUGGCAAACUGUACAGCAGAGUUGGGCCAGACUGUGAAACUGGCCUGCAAAGCCACCGGAGUGCCGAAACCUGCGAUCACCUGGUACAAGGAUGGACGUGCAGUAGAGGCCGACCCUCAUCACAUCAUUAUUGAGGACCCUGAUGGUUCCUGCACACUCAUCCUGGAUAAUAUGACUGCAGAUGAUUCUGGCCAGUAUAUGUGCUUCGCCACAAGUCCAGCUGGCAACGCCAGUACUCUUGGAAAAAUCAGUGUUCAAGUACCUCCUCGUUUUGUAAAUAAAAUGAGGAAUGCCGUCUUUGUUGUUGCUGAAGAUGCUCAGUUCACCUGCGUAAUACAAAGUGCACCCAGCCCCAAGAUAAGGUGGUUCAAGGAUGGCCGGCUGCUGACUGACCAAGCCAAGUAUCAGACCUACAAUGAGCUUCGUAGUGGGGUGCUUGUUCUGGUUAUUAAAAACUUGACGGAGAGAGACCUUGGACACUAUGAGUGUGAGUUGUCUAACCGCCUGGGCAGUGCCAAGUGUGCUGCUGAUUUAGUCUUCCCCUCUGCUGUGUCUCGCGCUGGCGAGCAGGCCAUCACCAUUGAAGUCACCGAGCAAGAUACUAGAUUACCAAAGAAAACCAUCAUUAUUGAGGAGACUAUUACCACUGUGGUGAAGAACCCGCGUAUGAGGAGACACAAAUCUCCUGGUCUGACUGUCACCGGUGCCCACCGCUCUGAGACGUCUACGCCUGAGCCCCUCACAGCCAGGCCCAGGAGGAUGCCCACCCCGAGGAAGACGGCCAUUCCAACCCUGUAUGUUACUGAGCCCGAGGGGGCUGAAGCCCGGGCCACGGACAACAAGCCCAGGUGGGUUGAAGUAGAAGAGGUCAUCGAGUACAAGGUCAAUAAGUCUCCCAGGCUGUCGAGGAGGAGAGGCGUCUCACCUGCAGCGUCUGAUCGCGCAGCCACUCCCUCAAGACCAAAGAGAUCUACCUUGGAAAACCCAAAUGCGAACAACUCUAACAACAAGCUGGUGGAGCAGCCACAAGCACACCUUCAGGGAGACAUGAGCCCCCUGCUGUCCUGGGAGGAAGAGGAAUCUCAUGUUGCUUCGGACUCUGCUCCCGGUGAACCAGAAGAGCUGUCAUCUGUCUUUACAACUGCUGGAGGAGACGUUGAGGACUUGGAUGAUCAACAAACGGUCAUCUUUGAAUCUGAUGAUGAAAAUGAUGGAAAGCAGGAGGCCAUGAUGCUGAAAGAAGGAGAUCGUAUUUUGACUCUGGAGGACUUAGAGGAUUACAUCCCGGAGGAGGGAGAGACCUAUGGCUCUUCCGACAGCCACCAUGUUGCUGACGAAAAGCCUUGCGAGAUCUCGGUGCUCCAGAGGGAGAUUGGCGGGUCCAGAGUGGGACAGCCGGUGCUUCUCAAUGUGGGGCGGCCUGAAGUAGUGCCAAGGCAGAGGAGCAACUUCUUCUGUCGCUUCAGGGAUCAUCUCUCCGGCAGGCUCUUCCCAUCAGCCUUCCCACAAGGCAGUGACACUCAACCUAGGACAGAGAGGCAAAUCCCAAUCCAAGUGAGCCAUGCAAAGCUGGAGGUGAAGCCUUCAUACUGCUCAGAGGUGCAGAGGGUUGAGGGAGGUCAGCAAAGCUUUAAAACCAAAGUGUCCACUCAGACCUACGGCUACACAUCAGUCGGCAACCCUGUAACUCUUCAAAUCAGAGAUAACCCUUACCAGAACCAGUAGAAGAGUCAAAUCUGGAACCACAAACCCUCUUAGUCUUAAAUAGAUAUAUUUCUACAUACAUGACAAAAAGGCAACCCCUAUCCCAAGGUACAUCUGCUACAUUUGACAAAUCAUUCCAUUUUCAAGCAGCCAAUCAGAAAACAAAACUGUCUCGCUCUCCAGAGUUGCUUUUGUGAGAAGCCCUUGGAGUUACAAGCUGUCAAGGAGUCAUAUUUAAACCAAGCACCUGUCCUAUAUUGGCAGGUUUAACGCAUCCAAGAUGCAAUGAAGUUUGUGCAAAGAGGUAUCAAACCUUUUACUGAGUUGACCCACCUGUGGAUAUGUGUCCAUUCAUAUAAGACGACGGUCUUGGCCUCAGAUGACCAAUGACAAUCAUGGAUCUGAAACCAUAUAUUUAUAACGACAAGAAUAAACUUUAAUCAUCAACUUAUAUGAGAAUAAUUUUAUUUAUAGAAAACUGAAGGCAGCACACCUGCGCAAGCAGGAAAGGAAAGUGAGAGGAAGAGAGAAUUCUUCAUAAAUAUACAUGUAUAUUAACAUUCUGAUCAUUCGCUCUGUUGAAUCAUUAAAGCAUAAUAAGAUCUGAAGAAAGAAGAUUGUACAUUUUAUUAAGCUAAUGUGCGGCAGCCUUCCACUUUUGAGGCAGGCAAGAAAGUUUGAGACUUAUUUUGUCAGAUGCAAGGCUGAUUGUUUUAAAUGUUCUUUAAAAAAAGGGGGAAAAAAGCCCCAACUCUAAAACCAUUCAAGCCAGUCAGUGGUCCUUGUGAAUGUCUACGUUGAAUUUGUUUUCAAUCUAAACAAAAUAGAUUAAGAGGCAGAGUUCGAAUGUGUCAACAUCUUAUUUUGAAACCUGACCUGCUUAGAAGCAGGUUAGCUUUUCAGCAUCGGUUGUCGUGGUAACACGCUCUGGUAAGACGUGAACCAGGACAUAUGAGAUCCAGAGAUGAACCUGAAGUUAACCCACUAAACCCCUGAGCCUGCUUUGGAGUAAGGAUUGUGAGGUUGAAACCAAGUUGUAAAGCAGGUUUCAGUAUUGUUUAAUACUUUCAGCAACUAUGAGAUAUGCUGCAUGAACCAACCCAAAAAAACAAGUUUUACAUUUUACUACUGCUUGAUCAUGUUUGUGUUAAAUACACACAAAAAUCAUGAACUUGCCAAUAUUGACUAAUCCAGGCAUUCAAAUUAGUAAAAACGUAUGCUAUUCAUAAACAGUUAUAGGACAUUUAUGUAUUUUAUGUUCUCAGUUUUACUUUUCUACUUUUCAGAAAUGUAGUGUUUUAAAGUGCCUUGGAUUCCUCACAUAGCAAUAAGUUGCUGACUGUGUAUUUUGAAAUUUCCAUAUUGCUUGUUUGAGAUGUGCCAUCAAACUAUAAGAUAGUUUUUCAUUGGUGUGAACGAUUCCUUAGUGAGGAAUUAUGCAAUUAUAACUAUUAAGCAAACAAUGCGGCAUGGCAACUAAAAACUUGUUCUCCAAGUACAUCCUAUGUCAAACAGAUGUUCCAAAGAUAACUUGUCGAUUGAAUUUUGUAAGACUUUUUGGUGUCUGUUGAUGCAGUGCAGGUACCUGUGAGCUCUCUAUUCAUGUGUAAGUGACAAAUAUUGGAGUGACUGCAUGUAUUUGCUUUCCUAAAGCAGAUGUGUUUAGUCCAAGGUAUGCACAACCUUAACCUCAGAUUAAUAAGCAAACUUGUGUGCAAAGAAUUGUAUUUUAAUGAAUGUACUACCUACGCAGUGCAAUUUGAAAAUAGAACGUGUGGUGUUUGUGUGCAAGGGUGUCUUUUACAGAGUAUGUUAUGUAAUCAUUUGAAACCACUAAUAGAUUGUAAUUGCUUGUACUUUAAAUGUGUAGUUCUGGACAAAACAAGGUUGAAUACAAAGUGUUGGAUUAAAUAAAUGUACUGCAAAUACUCA